AUGAUUGUUUCAGAGCUGCCAACUGGUACAGUUAUUCUCUAUAGCGGAAGUGCAGCUGAACUGUCAGAUCAGAAUACUCUAUGGUUAUUUUGUAAUGGUUCAGCAGUAUCACGAACGACUUACCAAACAUUAUUUUCUGUGGUUGGCAUUACCUACGGACUUGGUAAUGGUAUAGAUACGUUCAAUUUACCUGAUUUUCGUGCUCGGUUUCCAUUGGGCAGUCAAGGAACGAACGAUACUUUACUCCCGAGUGGUGGCAAUUCGACACAUACUAUCGUAACAGCAGAGUUACCGGCACAUACUCAUGACCAAGGUACACUAUUAACACAAACCAAUGGCGCACAUGCACAUGGAUAUACAGAUCCAGGCCACAGUCACACUGGAGCAACAACUAGCGUACUGAUUCCUACGUAUGGCUAUGGUACUCCGUGGACUGGAGGAUUUGGUUUCACCAUGACUUCUCAUGUCCAUGGAAUUUAUGCUGAUGUCACUGGUAUCACUAUACAAUCGAGUGGAAGUCAUACGCAUACAAUCAGUGGAUCUACAGGUUCAGAAGGGCAGGGUCAACCAAUGAAUAUAAUGCCACCCUAUCAAACUGUUCAUUACAUCAUCCGAACAUAA